ACCACCACCACCACCACCACAAGCAACCAGCUCUUCUACACCAGUCCCCACCCUUCUCUUUCUCUCUCCCCCUCUCUCCUGACGACCGACGAACCAUGAGUACCACCAGCACCACUACUGUGAGAUCAACAGCCGUAACGCCGACUGCCGACACCACGCUUCUGGAUGCUGCUACCCCACUGCUGCUCCACACAGAUCCAGCACUCGCCCUCUCAGCACUCGGCAUAGCCACCACUGCCGACACCAGCUCUGAACCCUGUCUGCCUAAGCCUAAAGCAGCAUCAGCAGAUGCGCGUCACGAGUCCACCAGUGCCUUGUUACCAAUAACAACAACAACAACAACAACAACACAAAGCCCUCAUUUGGGCAUAGUAGCCUCAAGUCCGACAAUGGCCACCUGGCAACUUUUGCUUUACUAUCAGCAAUUGCUCUUCCCGCCGCUCGUCAAAGACGAUGUUUUCCUUGGCCCGGCAGACAACGAGUCUGUCAUCACCGUCAACAGCUCAACCGACUCCAGCAGCAGCAGCAACAGCAGCACCACCACCACUACCGCUCCCUCCGUUGGGAACUGGGCCCCUACCCCUUGCUUGUCCCCCGUAACGUCCCCGUCGGACUUUCUGUGCAACCACGAGCCGCUUUUUGACGGGAUAGACGAUCUGCAGCACCACCAGCAGCAGCAGCAAAAGACGUUAUCAGACCAAGACGAACAAGUCAAAGUGAAUCUGAACGACGACGACGACAACGACGACGACAACGACGACGACAGCAACCACAAUGGCCAACAAGUAGUAGACCAAGUCCUUGUAGAACACGAGAGUGGCUAUGCGACACAAGUAAAGCACCACCACUCUGCUUCGCCCAAUCUUGAUUGGUACGAGUUUACUAAAGAGGACGAUGGUCAUACAACAUCAUCUGUCUUGGCUGGUUUGCCAACUCCGUCACCUACAGCUUCCGAGAAUGAAGCCAGUUUAUUCGACGAAGAAGACGACGACGACGAGGACGACGAGGACGACCAAGACAACAAGAACAGCAGGAAUACCAACGAAGCCUUUGAUAACGAGCCGCAGAUACCAUUCGAGUUCUUUAGCAGCGAUGACGAAGACGAAGACGACGACGAAGAUGAUGAUGAACUGUUGGGAUUAUCCUACUGCGCUCCUGUUGCCCCGCUUCUCUUACCACCUCCUGCCACAUUUACUUCUGCUGCUACGCGUUCCCUAAAAAGGAAGCGAUCCCAAUCAAUCGAUAGCAUCACGAGUUGUGAAAGCGAACAAGAGGAGGAAGAAAACGACGUCCCUGUGUUACAACGUUUGCACCGCCUUCGACUGUCCGAGCCAAAGCAGCAACGACGGCAACAACAACAACAACAACAACAGCAACAGCAACGAAAGAACAAGUCAAAGCCAGUUGCCAAGCGACGCGCCAAGCGCCAUCCCGCCAGAGGUCGUGGCGUACGGCCCAAGACGAUCGCCUGUGCUGCAUAUGAUGUCCAACAACAACAGCAAGACGACAACGACGAUGGAGUGCAUCGAACCAUCUUUGAACGCCUGACACAUGCUGGCAUCGACUGGUGUCGUUAUUGUGGUACGACCGAAGGCGUCAAUUGGCGACCGGGACCAUGGGGCAAACGCACUCUUUGCAAGUAAGCAUCAUUAUUCUUUGUUUUAUUAAUUCUCUCUCUCUCAAUAAACAUAAACGAAUAUGUAUACUGAUCAACGUAUGUUUAGUAAACAUGGAUGUGACUACAAGGGGUAUGGUAUUGCCAGCCGAUUGCCUCGCUUGGACCUGUCAGCCUUCAUCCAUGAGCGUCUCGAAGAUCGAAGACGGCCGGUAGUG